AUGAAAAACGGAAGUACUGUGUUAUGUUGAUGUCUACCCACUUAAUUUAGUUCUAUGAUAUAGAUCUAGAUCUAGAUCUAGUCUAUAGACACAGAUCUAGAUUCUAUAGACUCUGGAUUGUUUUAUAUUUAAAAAAAAUAAAAUACAAUCUACAAAGCCGACACAGGUUCACUUUGACCAUAAAUGCACAAUCAAUAAAACAAUCGCAAUGUAGACAGAUGGCUACCUGGCAUACUGACACAGCUACUAUUUUGUUUUUAUAGGUCCAUAUAAGAGUCAGGCCAAUCUACUUAUUGUAUAGCAAUAGUAUUUUUUAUAAGGAAAAUAACUAUCUAAUUUCAAUAGAAAGUUAAAACAUAGCCAAAGUUAGGCCUAGACAUACCAGAAAAGCAAAUAAAAAAUGGAAUUUGUAGAGUUUAUAAAAACACCAAUGGUUAAUAGUGUCAUACUUCGUCGACCUUUCACCCCUGACAUGGAAGGAACAUUGUGUGUCACAGGCCAUCAUCUGAUAAUUUCUUCACGUAGUGAUAACCACGAGGAACUAUGGCUUCUCCACAGCAACAUUGACAGUGUGGAGAAGAAGUUGGUUGGUAAUGGAGGGAUUCUGACUCUAAAAUGUAAAGAUUUCUUGAUCCUGUACUUGGAUAUUCCCACUGUCGAAGAUUGUCUAAACGUUGCAGCAUCAGUUGAAGCUCUUUCGAACAUAGACGAUCUGACACUGCGCUAUCCUUUUUUUUAUCGACCAAUGUUUGAAGUUUUGGAAAACGGCUGGCAAGCAUUUAGCCCAGAGUCUGAGUUUAACAAGUUUAAAGAAUGCUCUGAAGAAUGGAGAAUUUCUUAUGUCAACAAAGAUUUUAAGAUUUGUCCAACAUACCCUCAAGCUGUAUUUGUUCCAAAAGCUGUGGAUGAUGACAUCAUUAUAAAAGCUGCUGCAUUUAGACAAGGUGGACGAUUCCCUGUACUCAGCUACUAUCACAAAGAUUCCAAGGCUGUGCUUUUAAGAAGCAGUCAACCCUUGACGGGACCUGGUGGGAAAAGAUGCAAAGAGGACGAGCGCUUAGUCAAUUCUGUCAUGGGCAUGGGGAAACGUGGAUACAUUGUGGAUACCAGAGCACAGAGUGUUGCCAAAGUGGCUCAGAGUAAAGGUGGUGGCUAUGAAUUAGAAGCACACUAUCCACAGUGGAGAAGGAUCCAUCAAUCUAUUGAAAGAAGACAAUCAUUCCAUGACUCACUCAUUAAAAUGAUUGAAGCUUGUAAUGACAGCAAUAGUAGCAUGGACAAGUGGCUGUCCAAACUGGAAUCCAGCAACUGGCUAACUCAUGUUAAAGAUAUCAUUACAUCCGCAUGUGUUGUGGCACAAAGCAUUGAUAAAGACGGUGUGUCUGUGCUAGUCCAUGGCUCUGAAGGUCUGGACACAACACUUCUGGUCUCGUCUCUAUCUCAGAUUAUUCUUGAUCAUGAUUGUCGGACAGUCACAGGUUUUGAAGCUCUUAUAGAGAGAGAAUGGCUGCAGGCUGGACAUCCAUUUAGAACUCGAUGCAAUAAAUCUGCCUAUGCUAUAACGAAACACAGACUGGAAUCUCCUGUAUUCCUUCUAUUUAUUGACUGUGUUUGGCAGAUUUGGCAACAGUUUCCUUGUUCUUUUGAGUUUAGUGAAAAAUUUCUGGUCACUUUGUUUCAACAUGCUUAUUCCUCAGACUUUGGUACUUUUCUUUGUAAUAAUGAAUCAGAGCGUCACAAAUGUAAAUUAUCAGAGAGAACUGUCUCAUUGUGGUCAUAUUUAAACAGACCUGAAAUACUACAAGACUAUAUGAAUCCAAUGUAUGAACCAAAUCCAACUGUUGUCUGGCCAUCUGUUGCCCCACAAAGUCUUAAUGUUUGGACAGGCUUAUAUCUGAGAGGUGUUAUCAAUCAAAGUCCACAAGAGGAGGCCUGGCAAGAAAUAUACAAGAUUAGAGAAUAUGACAAAGAGUUACGGUCAAAGGUCAAUAAGCUCAGGAGGCAACUGGCCUCGUUAGAGAGAGAAGCUAUUGCUAAUGGAGUUGUUUCCCCUCCUCAAUCUGAAGACCUAAGUGGAGCUUCUAGUGGUACUAAUUAAUUGUGUAAAGUAAUAGUUCUGACAUUGCAUUGCUAUUUCAAUGCUCAUUUCUUCUGUGUUCGGCUCAAAGUAAUUUGGCUUAAAUACUGUUCUUCAAUCAAAUGUUUCUUUGAGUCAAUUACAUUAUUUGAAAUGUUCAAAGGAAUGAGAUGCCAAUCAUACAAACAUUUCUUCUAAAUCUUGAGCCCUUUUUUUUAUUAAGACAAUGACAUUGGUAAAUUAAAUCUAGAGUCGAUGACAAUUUAGAGAAUUUUGUCAUACAAUUAAGAAUACCUAAAAUAAUUUUAAAAUGUGUCUUUAGUAUUUCAACUAUAGUCAAACAUGGAGCAAUUCACUCCAUAUUGGUUUUGUAUGUUUUAUAUCAAACUACAUUCCUUAGUUGUUGUUUUUUUUUUGGUUGUUGUAUUUAUUGUUUUAAGUAGUAGUCUGUUGUGUAGAAUGAUUUUUCAUAAAUAUCAUGCAAUAUUCAUUUAUGUAGAAAUACUUUUUUUCUCUGCACAUAUCCUUAUUGUGGCCUACACAGAGUCCAUUAGAUUGGAUCAGAUCCUUAGAGGAUAUAAUAGGAAAAUCCUAAAUAUUUUUAUUUUUUCAAUAUAUACUAACCUUUCUCAAGACUUUGAUUUUUUAAAAAUUGAUUUUGCAUGCUUAGGGCUCUAUGUUCCAACUUUCAUGCUUAGGGUUAGGGCUCUAAGGUCAAAACUCUUUUGUGGGAAUGUAAGGGGAGAGGCUAUCUGGGAAAAGGUUUUGUGGCACUCAACAAACACAACUCAACUUGAGCCGAGAUUCAAAAUCAAGCUCCCUUGAUCUGCCACAUAUCUCACAAAAACAAUAUUUAAAUGUUUCUUAUUUAGCACAAAGAUAGUUUGCUUUGCAAAGCUUAAGACACUAUGUUACAAAUCUCCAACAACCACAAAUCAGCUGUAAUGAGAAACAACUAUUGUUAACAUGAAAAAUAAUUAUUUGACACUGUCUUGUGAAUUGUCUAGAAUAUUAUUUUAAGAAGUUGAAAAUUAUUCUUAGGACUAGUGAGGACAGAAAUGGUCACUUCUGCUAAAACAGAAUAUGAAGAAAAGGAAGUUAAAUGUAAUAUACACAACAAAGCAAAGGGAUUGUGAGGGAAGACAUAUUUAGAAUUCAAUUUAUUACAUUACACAGUGUUGAACUCCGUGCUAGAGUACAAAUGUGCAUAAAUAAUAAUGUUGCAUCUCUUUUUUAAAUUAACAAUUACAACUUACAAAAUAUAUAAUGCAACUACAAAUUCUUAUUUACCUUAGUCAUGAAGUCUAUUUGGCUUGUGGACAACAUUACUGAGCUUGUAAUGUAAGGUACAUGUGAUCCAACUCUACAAUGUAUAAAUCUUGAUUAUCUUGGACUAAAAAGAUUCUCUGGACCUUAUGGUAUGGGUAAAUCUGAAAGGUCAUCAGGAAAAUCAUUGUGUCACACUAUCAGCUUUAUCCAAAGAUACUUAAAUACAUUUCCUGUUUCUUCUGUACACUGUUUUUUUUUGUUUCUUGUAUUAAAUGAUUUAUAGCUUAGAAUGUUUGGAAGCUACUAUAAACACUUUCUACUUCAAAUCAAGUUGCAUUCUGAUUGCUGUUCUUUCCUGGAGUAGAUGAUGAUUUUUAACUCCUUUCCUCUUGUCAUAAUAGUGUUUCUGAAACUGUUUUUCAAAGUUAGAUUGAUUCUUUACAUCCUUAAGAUCUGGUGUAAUUAUUUACUCACUUCAAAAUAAAAGAUUUCUGUGUCCCAUGAGUACUGGCAACUAAUUGAUAUUAGUCUAAUAAGUUGUGUCUUGUUUCUGUAUCUGAUGAGUAAGCAAUUACAAAACCAUCUUUGAGGAGUAAUGUUCCCAGUUCAUCUUUACUUGCAUCAUAUUCAAUCUUUACAGCCUUACUUACUUAAUCCUUUUUACUCCCAUGUGGAGCAUAGGGUUGCAACAGCACUUAGAAAUCAGGCAAUGCCACUCAUUUGGGUCCUUGUCCAUCGUGCCAUGUUUGCUUCUUGUUCUAAUGAUCUCCAUUGUGGGUUUCAGUUGAGAGCUUGCUGUGCAAUUUUUUCUGUUGUUUUUCUAUGUCCAAUCCAACCCUAUUUGCAUCUUUAGAUUUUUUGCUCAAUUGAUAUUUGCUGUGUUGUUUCCUACACAGUGUUGUUCGGCCAUCUAACACUUAUUAUCUGUCUCUACAUUCUUGCUGACAUCAUCAAAUGCUAUGACUGGAAGGCUGGAUUAAGGCUGUUUCAAUUCUUGGCAAUUUUUAUUCUGAUUCCAUUGGAUUUCCAAAUCUUCUUUUAAAAACUUUCAAAAUGGAGCAGCAGGUAGAAUGAGAUUGGGAAUACAUUUCACUAGGUACUGUAUUAAACCAACUUUGUCUUAAGGUAUGUCAACUUUGCUGUAGUGUUUCUCUACAAGAUAGGACCCAUGUAAGGUACCUUUUCUUUUACUUGUCAAAAUUCAGCUUGAGAAUUUAUUCAGUAAUUCUUUGCAUGGCUUCCAUUCAAACUGAGGUCAACAAUGCUUGUAUAUAUCUUAUAGCAACUAGAAUGCCUUCGCCUUUGAUUCCUUGAAGUGGUUCAUACGUGAUUCUUUGAUAUAGCUCUGGUACAGAUUUUAUAAUAUUUUUUUUAUAUAAACACAACCUUCUAUAUCAUUCUAGUCAUGUUUUAAAAAGUUGAUUCUCAUUCAAGCUGUUGUUUCUCUCUUUUUUUUUUUUUUGUGACUAAAUCAAAACUUGGCAUAGAGUAUUGAAAAUAUCUUCAAACCUGAAAAGUUAGUUUUCAUUGGGUGGUGUUACUAUGUGAUAGCUUUAUUUAAAUCUUUUGGAUCAAUAUAUAUUCAAACAAAUUUAGUCCCUAAAGGAUACAACCACUGAGUUAACUCAUUCAGUAGAUUCAUGCACUAGUGUAAUGAAUCAUUCAGCUUUCAUGUCAACAACUAAACAGCUAAACAGUAAGGUGUUUAAAUAACUCCUUUAGCAUUUUCAGCCAACUAAAUCUUGUUUUCUCUGGGUGAGGUUUUUGUUGAAUUCAUUUCAGUAAAUUAUUUUAACUUGUCAAGUUCUACCAUGUCAUCCCAACCUAACCAACACCCUGUAUGGCAGUGUUGAACAAGUGAAGAGAACAGCACACUAUUUUUCCUGGGCACAGCCUGCAAAAGAGCUCACAGCUCAGCAGCAAAAAGCUGUCUAGAAGAAGAAGCUUGUCAAAUGCCCUGCAAUCUAUUUAUUGUAACAAUCCUAACCUUGCUCCUGUGUCAACACUCACAAUUUUUCUAAAAGCAAGAUCUACAAUUUUUUUGUUUCCUCUUUGGUUUUGGUCCUUAGGUCACAUGAUUAUAACAAGACUUGAGAGACUUUGCUGAGUAAGCAAGUUUGACUUGAGUUUUUUUUUUCUUUGGCUUUGAGUUUUUCAGGCUCUGACUUUAGAGAAUGUUGAGCUGGCUCUAGUGUCAAUGUGAAAAGCACCUGUCUUGCUAUUCCCUAGUAGUUUUGCAGUUCACGUCUCUUCAAUGACAUUAUCUUCAAUUGGACUGGCUAACUGCAGUGUUCAUUGAUAAAAUAUCUUCAUUAUUGUGGCUAUUCACCUCACUAGAUUUAUCUUUAGUCUUUUUCUGCAUAUUUUAAGCCAUCUUCUAUUUGCGAAAAUUGCAUAUAGUUCCUAUUGCGGGAGUUUUUCUUUUCAUGGUUUUUACAUUUAUUUCAUAAGUUCCUUAAGGUCUUGUUUUUCUUCAGUCUAUUGUUUAAAAGGCUUUGUUUGACUCUCUUUCAGUUGCAAUUACUAUUUGUCCUCUCAUAUGACUUGCAUCUCAUAUCAUUGUCCUAUUUUUGCCUUGCCAAAGGUCAACUUUUUUGACUGAUCUAGUAGUUGUUCUUGUCUAGUUAAAUUAAGCCUGUUUAAUUUGACAAGCAUUUCACCUGGAAUUAUCAUAAAGUUCAUAAUGAGAAGAUCUAGGUCUUGGACAAAUUAGACACAACUUUCACUUUUUUUUUUCCGAGGACUUAAAUCUAGACAUUCUUUUAUUUUGCCUGAAUCUGAUGUAUCUUUACUAAUAUUUGUCAGCCUCCCUUUUCAUUAUCAGGAAUACAGUAUUAAGAAAGUUUUAUAUAUUUCAACCAUCUUGCCUUUUGAUUUGCAGCAGCUAAUGACCUUUGAAGCAAAAGCUCACCAGCGCCUUCAAAACUCUUGGCUAAGAUCUUUAGCAUUGGUUGAUCAAAGUAAAAAGGAAACCAUUAUUAGAUUUAUAGAAACCUUUUGUCUGAACAGCGUCUUAGUUUUAUACGUGGAGUAUAAGUGAAAUACAAGUUACAACAAGUGUUUGUAAUUGAAGAUAGUAUUUUAGAAUGUCUAUAUAUUAAGCCACACAGUGUUGCAUUAUUAUGCUUUUGAGAAAAUUGAGUAACUUGAGUGAUUAAAAUAAAACAAACAUUAUUCUGACAUUGAUGACCACUUGACCAUUAGAAAAACUGACCGUCAAUAGCAUUGUCAUUAAAACAGAUGAGCAUUUGUUUUUUUUCUCUGAAAAUAUACUUCAGAGCAGUUUUUAUGGCACUGUGACUUUUUUUCAUGUUCUUCUAUUCUUUGAUGAACAUGCCAUCUACCUUCCACGCUUUCAACAAACACAUUUUUUUUCUGCGAGCUUAGCUUAUGCCAAGCAAACUGUGCAGAAACAAGCCACGUUUUCUUCAUUGUAAGUUAAAUACAAUUUGUUUGUAUGGUCUUUGGGUCGAAAAGCUUUUUGAAGAACAGGAUCAUUACAAAUUUACUCAGGGCGAUGCUCCAAAGAUACUGAGAAAUUUUCUGUUUUUUGGCUGAUCUAAAACGUUAAUCUUUGAUCAGGUUAUUUAAAGUCAACUUUAUUCUUGUCUACAUCUUUCUGAUUGGCAUUUUCUCAUCAGCUAAUGUGGCAUAUAAAUGAGCGUUUUGAUAUUCAGCAAGCAACAAAGGUGGAUACAUUUUUUAAGCCAUGCUGGUAAAGUAAAUUUACAGCAAUUCUUAUAUCUUAAGUUUCUUCACUAGAUUCUAGUAAUUUAGCGUAAAUCUAGCGUAUUUCUAGAGUAAUUUAAACAUUAGAUGUAUCAAGAUAAUUAAAUUGACUAAAAUUCAUGGAGUUUUCAGGUUAGGUAGGAAUAAUCUUAACUAGAUCUUAGAUCUAACUCAAGAUACUAUUACUAGCUGGAUGAUUUAUGGACUUUCCGCGCGAAGUUACUCUUACUGUUACAACAAGAUUUUAGGUGAGGAAGGACCUGGAGGGGCGUAGCUUACACAUUAGGCUGGUAAUUGCUCUAAUUUUAUAUAAUAGAGAUGUUGCUUCAAAACAGAAGAUGAUUACGUCCUAGGCAGAGGAUCUCGGCAAUUCUUGUUUUUUUAACUCUCAACUUCUUUGCUGUUCUGGACACUUUUUGUUUCCCAUGUUGCACUUUUAAUCAUCCUCCAUGUAUUUGUAAAUAGCUUAGUGGCAGGGAUAUAUAUCUAUUUCUUAUGUUGAAGCAUUGGGUCCUGUUAUAGAUUUAUCUGACUAUGUUCCAAUAAUGCGAAUUCAAAAUCACUAUAAUAGAACUCAUUUUUUUUUCAAAAUGUUAAUCUGCUUGGCACAUAAUCAUUAAUUGAAUAAUUGAACGCUUAAACGCAUGUGGUAGUUUAGUCUCUAAACAUCAGAAUUGUAAUUCCAUUUUGUAUGCACUAUUUGUAAAACAGCUCAGCUCUUUAAGGGUUAAACAAUUGUUUAAAAGAUUGGAUAAAUAUUGGAUGUAAAAUUGCUAUCUGAAAAUGUCCAUUAUAGAUUAGCUAAUUCAUAUUAACUAUAUUAUAGAUUAGCUAAUUCAUAUUAACUAUAUUAUAGAUUAGCUAAUUCAUAUUAACUAUAUUAUAGAUUAGCUAAUUCAUAUUAACUAUCGCAUUUGGGAAAAGAGGUGGUGUGAACAUUAUAUCUUCUACAUUUAAUGAUCUGUUCUGUAAAAAAACAUUUUAAACAAAUUUCCAAUAAGCAUCAAUAAAUAGUCUUAGUCUUUCAAAGUUGGUUGCCAAAAUGGUUUUCAUGCACUAUCACCUUAGACCCUUCACCUAUACUUUUGGAGCCUUGGGGCCCGGACAAGAUUUUUAAGACACCAAUUCAUAAAAUAAUAUUCAUUAUUUAAAAUUGCAAAGCAACAAUUAUUUUAUCAGUAUCAAUGUAGAAAAACUCUUAUCUGCCCUUAAUUUCCAGACUUUGAUGAUAACAAUAGACCUAGUCGUGCGGUUCGCGCGCUGGACUGUCGUUCGGAUUUAUCGACGGUCAAGGGUUCAAACCCUGCCCGCUCCCAUCCCCCGUCGUCCUGCGGGAGGUUUGGACUAGGAAGUAAACUAUCUUCAACUCUGAAGGAACAUCCGAAACAUGUAAAAACAAAACUAUUGGAAGCAACUAUUGUUGUCCAUUUGUAAAAAAUGAUAAGACAUUGUAGACUGGCUUAUGUUUUAAUAUCACAAGUUUAAAUACUGAUGUCCACUUGAUAGUUUAUUUGAGUAGCCAUAAUAAAUGCUUAUUCUUUCUAGUCUGAAGACAUUCUUGUAAUAAUUUCUAUUGCAGUAUAUUUGCAUGUGACCAUUUUCUUUCAUGACCACACAUCACAAUCUUUAGCUGAGUCAAGAUUAUUAUUUUAAUGUCUGUUAAAUUAAGAUAACACAUAGAAAUUCCAGAAGCACUUAAAAUCAGAGAAAAAAAACUCACAUUUACAUUACAGUUUUAAGACUUGUUGUUUCCAAGGCUGUGGUGGUGGUGUUUUUUUAGUUUGCAUAUAUGUAAAUAAAUAAAUAUAUAUAUAUCAUGACACUAAUAGCUGGCUGAACAAAGUGAAAAAAUGCUCUGGCCUCUCUCUUGAUAUCCACCUAGGAACAGUUGCAAACUACUAAGCGCGAAGGGAUUUCACAGCACUCUUAGAGGCAAGCCAAGAGACUGGUGGGACUUGAUGUGUAUCACGUGGAACAUAUUGGUUUUGUCCACCAACCCACGCUAUAGUUUUCCUAGACAGCCAUCAUAGUAAAUGUGUUUCACUUGAGGAAUUUAAAGCAUAAAAAAAUACACACUAAACACUUUCACAUUAAAUGUGUAUUACUUUUAUUUAUCCUGUUAUCCUAAUGCUGAUCUUUGGACAUUUUUUUUCAUUUCAUUAUAUUUGUGCAAUCGGCCUUGAACUUUCUUGGCUCUUUUUAGUGCGUUUUUGUUUUGUUUUUUCAACAUUGUUCUGUACAUUUAAAGAAGAUGAAAUGUAGUUCUUGAUAAAUAAAUGUUGAAACUUUGA